AUGUUCAAGUCUUCUCUGCGCCAGGCAGGCCGAACCGCAUUACCAAUUCGCUCAACAAGUACGCCAUCGAUAGCGACCGCACCGCUCUCUUCGUGCACACAUCAACGGCGGCACUCGUCCUCAAAACGGCCUGUGCCUCCUAAUAACGGCUCACCUGAGGUACCGACGGAUGUGAAAGAGGUCUCGCCAUCAGCAACGAAGACUGAAAGCAAAGAUGUCACCAAAGAACGCCCAUCGCGGAAGAAGGCCGCCACAGCAUUGAAGGCGGCCGAAGCUGUUGAGGCGCAGAAUAACUGGACAUCGACCAUGCCUCGUGUGCCCAGCUUACAUCACCUCAGUCCGAAGGAUAUGACCGUAGCUGCCUUCUACGCCACAUACCGACCGAUAUCUAUAACGGGCCCUGGUCCGAAAGAGUUCACCAUGAAGGACGUGGAGAAGAUCUUCCAACCGAAGCCCGCUCGGACGAAAGCAAAAGAGUCCGAGGUGAUGCUUACGCUUUCCUCGGCAGUCGACAACCUGAACAAUGCGAUCGAUUCCCGACAAUCCUCUACAAGCCCAGCUUCGUCCCAGAAAGAGCUGCUCCGCGUCGUCGACAGCGCAGGCAAUUCCUUCAAGAUCGUCCGUGGCAAGGAUAUUCACGCUCAGCCUACGUAUCGCCAUUUCCAACCACCUCCACCACCUGAGCCCUAUACACAAGAACGAAUAUACGCCCUCGCCCAGCAAAACUCGUUUACCGAAACCGAAACCUACGGUGAAGAACUCCUCGCCCAGCACCUGGAGCAGCAAGUCCAGGACCAGGACAGCGAAGGCGUCGUCACCGCUAUGGUCAUUCCCCGUCGCCGCCGGACACGCCGAUUUCAGUCUCACUCCCAGUCGCAAGCUCAAAAGUUCCGUGCCCUUCUCACGCCACAGCCCCACACGCAACACGCGGAGAUCGUGCUCAACACCGCUGCCCUGAGAGAGCACUUCAACUUCUUCACGCCUACGGACCCCACGGCCGUCGCCGAGGAAGCAGCCAAUGUUCUGGCUCACAGAACUGUAACACCAAGGCAACGGCGAGGUCUGGCGGCGGUAGCAGACAAGCAACGGAGACCCAUGGCGUGGCGGCUGAUCAGCGUGAAACGCCAAAGGAAGCUCAAGAUGAAGAAGCAUAAGUAUAAGAAGCUGAUGCGGCGGACGAGGACGUUGAGGAAGCGGCAGGAUAAGAUCUGA